AAGAACAGUGCAGAGAGAGUCCUCCUCCCUUCAGUGCAGUAUACUGGACACCGCCAGCAGUGCAUUGUUGCUUAGAUGUCUUGGCCAGUAUGGGUAGAUGGAAACUACGGUUUGCUCUGCUUCUGACGCUAACUUUUUAUGUCUACAGCAGAGAGAUGGUGAAAACAAUUGGAAGCAAACCGGAUGCCACUCCAGUUUGCACCAAUGAAACAUUGAGUAUCAUCGUGCUUACAGUGUGUAAGAUCAGCACAGAGAGAAGCAGGGGAGAGGAGUGCCGUCUCCUGUAUCGACGUGGACAGGGCUUUAAGCAUGAGUGUGACUCCAGAUUCACACUUCUGACAGAGAAUCAGACUGUUUUCCUCCACCUGAGCAGUUUAACACCAGAGGACAGUGGGAACUACACCUGUGAGUGUGCACAAUCUGAUGGAACAGACCUUCUCCACCUGAAUAUCACAGUGAAAGAGGAUGAAGAUGCCAGCAGUUCAGCAGAAAUGUGUUUCACUGAUGUUGCAAUUGGUGUGAUUGUAUUCAUCAUUGUAACUGGAGUGAUUCUGGCAGUUAUCUACAGAAAAACUCACCAUGGAAGACAACUAAAACCACUGGCCAGUCAUCCAAACAUGGAACCACAAAACCCUGAGCCAUACAUCACCUUUAUACAGAGGGAAAAUGUGCUUUAUUCAACUGCCAAGUACCAACGAUACUAAUAAUUCAAAUGUGCCCGCCCGAGAUGACACAAAUUUGUACAGUUUUAAUGGUACAGUAUCUGACCUGAUGCAUGUUUUCCAACUGAACAGCAAGUAAAACAGCCUGCUGUCCAUAAGCUGACUAUUUUGCCUUGCCAACUGUUUCACUCCUUUAAGUGCAUUUAAUUUUGAAUCCGAGCUUAAUUUUUUUAUGUAGAUUUUAUUCCUUUUGUAAGCUUAAUAUUUUGAAAGGGUGCAUUAUACUGUCUGACAACAAUGACCAGAAUAAAUGAUCUAAUAAAUUAAUGGUUA